AUGAUGCGACUUUUGGUGUUUACCUUAUUCGUGGUUUCGACCAUAGCGGAACCUCCGGUGGAUGACAGAUAUCUUCCCCCGCAAACCUUUGGUGGUACCCCCUCCCAGUCAUACGGUGUCCCUGGAUUUGGAGGUCAAAGGCGAACUGGCGCUGCGUUCAGUCGGCCUUCUGCAUCCUACGGCGCCCCAUCCAGAUCUCAAUCUCUCUCUAACCAAUACAUACCUCCCCGAUCCUCAAACCAAAACCAAGCACCGAUUUCGCUGUACCAGGCACCCUCUGCCCAGUACCAAGCACCGUCUUCCCAAUACCAAGCUCCCUCGUCCCAGUACCAAGCACCAGCUAAUCAAUACCAAGCUCCAUCAUCUCAGUACGGUUUGCCUAGUCAAGCUCUAGGAUCUUCUGGAGCUGGAUCGUAUACUUCACCGUCGCAGCAGUAUGGCCUACCUGGACUAGGAAGAGAUAGUCAAGGUUCUAUCGGAGGAAACUCCUUCAGCCAGAGCAGACAAUAUUUACCACCGGGUACUAAUGGUUACGAUGAUGGCAGUAAUGGGGAGCCCGCGAACUACAACUUCGAGUACAUGGUCCUCGACCAGUACUCGGGCAAUGACUUCGGCCACCGGGAGUCCAGGCAAGGAGACCGUGCCGAGGGAGUCUACUAUGUGCUCUUACCUGAUGGAAGGAAACAGACGGUUCAAUACGAGGCUGAUCAAGGAGGAUACAAACCUCGUAUAACCUACGAAGACACCGGACGGGGCGCCAACGGCUAUGACAGAAACAGUCAAUCUUAUAACAGCAACCAGUACGAAAACGGACCAUAUUAA